AUGGCGGGCGCCAGCGCCGUCGACCCCGACCGGCAGCUUGCGCAGCGGGAGGGCAUCGCCGCAGCGCUCGGCACUGCCUUCUUCAAGGGGUUCUGCGCCGCCCAGGCUGAGGCCUGGCCCCGCGUUCAUGGGAUUUUUAUUGCGGUCAACGUCGCUGGGCGUUUUGGCUUGGAGUGCGUGCUAGAGGCACAACCGAUCCUUGAUUUGUCAGCAGUGCGCGUGCAGGAACACCAUUGGGCGCAAGUGGAGGGCUGGGAAGCCCGACUUCGCACGAUGAGCUGGGCUGCAAAGGGCCUCCCAGCCAUUGUCACUGGACAGGGCGGCACAACUGGAGGCCUCUUCCACGCGGACCGCGAGCCUGUCGUGCUCGCGCUGCUGGGCGCUGUGGAGAACCUCUGGAGGCCCUGGACUGGUUUCGCCGCCGCGAUUCAUCGGGAGUUCCAGGAGAUCUACCAGGCCCCGGCGAGCAGGGCCGGCAGUGCCUGGGGCGAGGCGCGUGCCGCGUCCGACUAUCACGAGGAAGCCGCCGAGCGAAGGAGAGAUCAGGAGUGGGCGGCCUGGCUUCGCAGGCGCAGCAACGCUGGGGGCGAGGCGUCUGCCCGUCUGCCCUCUGCUUACCCCGCACUCAUGGGCGAGGAGGAGGUCGCCGCCCUUGUCGUGGACAACGGCAGCGGCAUGUGCAAGGCUGGCUUUGCGGGCGACGACGCGCCACGCGCUGUGUUUCCCUCCAUAGUCGGCCGCCCGAAGAUGCCAGGGAUCAUGGUCGGCAUGGACCAGAAGGACAGCUACGUUGGCGACGAGGCUCAGAGCAAGCGUGGUGUCCUUACCCUGAAGUAUCCAAUCGAGCAUGGCAUCGUGACCAAUUGGGACGACAUGGAGAAGAUAUGGCACCACACUUUCUACAACGAGCUCCGCGUUGCUCCGGAGGAGCAUCCCGUGCUUCUCACAGAGGCGCCACUGAACCCCAAGGCGAAUCGCGAGCGCAUGACGCAGAUCAUGUUCGAGACCUUCAACGUGCCUGCGAUGUAUGUCGCGAUCCAGGCAGUUCUCUCGCUGUACGCCUCUGGACGCACCACGGGGAUCGUCAUGGAUUCUGGCGAUGGCGUAUCGCACACUGUGCCCAUCUACGAGGGCUACGCUCUGCCGCACGCGAUCCUGCGCCUGGAUCUGGCAGGGCGUGACCUCACGGAGCACUUGAUGAAGAUCCUUACUGAACGUGGCUAUUCCUUCACAACCACGGCUGAGCGCGAGAUCGUGCGCGACGUCAAGGAGAAACUUUGCUACAUUGCGCUCGAUUUUGACACCGAGAUGAAGGUCGCCACAGAGAGCUCGGACAAGGAGAAGACGUAUGAGCUUCCUGACGGAAAUAUCAUAACUGUCGGUAGCGAGCGCUUCCGUUGCCCCGAGGUUCUCUUCCAGCCCAGCUUCGUGGGCAAGGAAGCCAGUGGCAUUCACGACACGACCUUCCAAUCGAUCAUGAAGUGCGACGUCGACAUUCGGAAAGACCUGUACGCUAACGUUGUGCUGUCUGGUGGCACCACCAUGUUCCCAGGCAUCGGCGAGCGGAUGACCAAGGAACUGUCGGCAUUAGCGCCUUCCACGAUGAAGAUCAAGGUCGUGGCUCCGCCCGAACGCAAGUACUCAGUGUGGAUCGGCGGGUCCAUCCUUUCCUCUCUGAGCACCUUUCAGCAGAUGUGGAUUUCUAAGGGGGAGUAUGACGAGUCUGGCCCCACUAUCGUUCACAGGAAGUGCUUCUGA